AUGGAGGCCAUCAGCUUGAUUCUGCAAACUUUCGCUUCUUCCGGCCAGUUCCAGGCCUCCGAUGAUAGCGACGCGGUUAGGAACACCGUCUUCCAUGGCUUCAACCCAAUCAUCAUCAAGUUCCUAGAGCGCAUCGCUACAAAGCUGGAGAAGCCGGAGUCAGCGUGGUCUGCAGACAAGAAGACCAUGGCCACCAUGGCCAUCUUCACGGGUAUUACAACGGCUCUCAACUACCUGAGGGGGCCAAUCGAAGAGGAGAAGCCGGCGAAAAAGACCGCUCUAGAGGCUUUGGAGGCACAAGUGAAUGUCAUUCAAGCCGCCGUAAAUGACAGGGUCAAGCAUGAAGAACUCGAUCUGUUGAAGGGCGAGCUCGAUGGAGAAGUCGAAACCCUCACAGGCCGUGUUGACGCGAUGGCUACGGCCGAGAGUGUUACUGAUCUGGAGCGCCGUAUUUCCGAGCUAACAAUUACGUUGAACAUCCUCGGGGGCAACUUUGAAGAGCAAGCGAUCAGAGGUAGUGUCGAGCUAAAACACUGA